GAUUGACGCGGGUUGGAAGUUGCCGGCUAAUGUCCGAUUUCGAAGAAAGUCAGACAAAUGGCCGUCCACCUUCAGUUAGAAAAUCCCCGCGUACAAAAUGUCAUUGUUCAAGAGCCAGCAUCCGUUGAAAUACCCUUCCUCAUCUUUCACUUUCUUAUUCAUCAUCUUCGCUUCUUUCGUACCCAAUAAGAAAACCACGUUUUCUAGAAACUCGUUGGAAUAGCCAAUCAACAACAUAACCCUUUGACUCCUUCCCUACCUGCCCUUGUGUUUAUUUAUUUAUUUUUUCCCUCCUUCAUAUACGUGUCGUUUGUUUAUCCUCAGAAGAAAAACAGAGAGAAAUUGUUUAAUCCUCAGAAGAAACACAGAGAGAGAAAUGGCAACCUCCCAACUCAUCUUCAUUUUCACGGCAGCGAUCUUGUGGGCAUCAGUUUCCAGCCAUCCAGGCCUUAAUACCAGCGGCGGGUGGGAGUCUUUCCGGAAUUUUUCAGGUUGUCACACGGGCGAUCACGUCAGUGGCCUAUCAAGCCUCAAGAAAUACUUAUAUCACUUCGGUUACAUCCCCACCUCUCCUCCUUCCUCCAAUUUCUCUGAUGACUUUGACGAUGCCUUCCAUACCGCCCUCCUUACGUACCAGCAAAACUUCAAUCUCAACACUACAGGCAUCCUCGAUUCCCUAACCUUAGACCAGAUGGUCCGUCCCAGGUGUGGCGUUGCUGAUGUUAUCAACGGCACCUCUACUAUGAACUCGGGUAGAUCGAAGAAUAAGAACGAACGCAGGCUCUACACCUUUUUCCCCGGUACCCCCAAAUGGCCCUCUUCCAAGCGUGAACUGACUUACGCCUUCUCGACGCAGAACCUGGUCAUCCAAAUCCAGGUCAUGCGGACCAUCUUCCGCCGCGCGUUCGACCGCUGGGCCGCAGUCACCCAGCUGACCUUCACGGAGAUAGACUCCUAUAUCACAGCCGAUUUGAGGAUCGGAUUCUUUUCAGGAGAUCACGGUGACGGCGAGCCGUUCGAUGGGGUACUGGGCACAUUGGCGCACGCCUUCUCUCCAACCAACGGGAUGUUCCAUCUGGAUGCUGCUGAGAAUUGGGUGGCGGACGGAGAUGUAACGACCAGCAGCAGUAGAUCAACGGCGAUAGAUCUGGAAUCGGUGGCCGUGCACGAGAUCGGGCAUCUGCUGGGGUUGGGACAUUCGUCGGUGGAGGAUGCGAUCAUGUUCCCCACGAUAGCUGCAGGGACCAGAAGGGUGGAUCUGGGUGCCGACGACAUACUAGGGGUUCAGAAAUUGUACGGGACCAACCCCAAUUUCAACGGUACGUCGUCUUCCACUUCCGAGCAGGAGAGGGAUGCAUCCACCAAUGGGGGGACGGCGAGGGUUUUGACCAGCGGGGCCCACGUCGUGAUGCUGUGUUGUUUCUUGGGCUGGCUAUUAUUAUACUAGUUUUGGUGUCAUGCGGUUGUGGCUGUAAAUAAAUAGAGCAGGACAAUCAUUUGUUACAUUUAUUCGGUUACUGCACUUUCCGAGGGCUGAUUUUUAUUUAAUUUUUAUUUUAUUCGUAUAUGUAUCAUAUACAUACGCCGGUAGAUAUUUUAAUGAUACAGGCAGGCUGUCCUGUGUGUGUUUGUUUA